AUGGGUCUCUUUGCUCUUGGCCGCCGAAUUUCUAUCCAUUACAUCUCAUCAAACCGCGUAACACUGCUUGUUUACAGCGCUGAUGCAGCCCUUCCACCAGGUAGCGUUAGAGACCAUCAACCUCCCACAGAUGAAACGGAGGGGUUCACUGCAGCCAAAUGGGCAGGCGAAGUCUUCCUAGAGCAGCUAUCAGAAGCAGCAGCAGCGAGUACAGGGAUGGAUCUGCCCGUUUCAAUUCAUCGACAUUGCGUUAUUGUAGGUGACAAGGCUCCUAUCGAAGACGCACUCAACGCUUUACUUCGAUACUCCAAGCUUACCAAUGCUGUACCACGUGUAUCGAGCUUGAGUGUCGGCGGAUACUUUGACUUCCUCCCUGUCACGGAUGUCGCCGACUCCUUGGUUGAGUUUGUCCAAUCUUCCCAAGGAACGCACUCGGGCGUGGCUUUCAAGCAUUACUCAAGUGGUGUCAAGAUGCCACCCACAGAUUUCGCUUCAUACAUGCAAAAGACAUAUGGAGACGAGUCUCGAGAGCUGGACUUGGGCGUUUGGAUCGAGGAGGCUAGGAGGGAUGGAAUUGAGGAGCUAGUUGUGUUAUAUUUGUAG